AUGAGCAAAUCGAACAAGAAGGAAACUCGGAAGAGCGUCCGAAUCCGAGCUCAACAACGCACACAGCUCAAGCCCCGAGGACAGUACGAGCUGCGCAGACGGCAAGAGCUCCGGGGACAGAAAGAGCGCCGCCGACAGGAAGAGUUUCCCGCACAGAAAGUUUCUCCCGGACCACAACAACUCCGCGGUCAGCAAGAUCCUUCCGGACAUCAAGAUCUUCCCGGACAGCAUAGUCUCCGUGAACAGCAGGAUGCUCCCCGAGAACACGAUCUUCGAAGCCGCAGAAUGCCGCUCAACGUGAUCCACAAAAACUCCAAAGUACGCGUUUUCGUUUUGUAGAGUACUUAAUGUACAAAUUCUACUACAAACCCAGAUCAACUUUUGAUGGCCUAUUAUGAAUGGCAGUUAAUCAUUUCUUUAUCAAUUUUCCCAGUACUCUAAUAAUUACAAAUAUGCUCAUAAUAUUAGUUCAACCUAUUUCCUAUGCUUUCCAUGCUUCCGUUCAUUCUCUAAUCUCAUCGUCUUCUCAUUUUUCGGCGCUCCUUAGGGGGGACAAUUGACCGGACCGGGUCUUUCGAGGACCUGCCUAGCCAUGGACUCUAAGACGACUUGCAAUAAUCCGAUCGGAUGCAACUCUGCAAGCUUGGAUUGAAGUAUUUAGUGUGAAGUUUCAGACCGAUCUGAUCAGUUAGUCUCGGAACAUAUUGAUUUAGGUCUAAAAGCCUCGUCUAUGUGAAAAGUCCAGACUUUUCGGCCCUAAAUAUCCCUAGAGUGCGUAAGGUAAUUGGAUUGGUCUAUAACUUGAAACUGAGAUAUUUCAAUCCAUGCAAUGUUUCGGACUGGUCGGAAUAUUGCAAGUGGCAGACCUUUGCUCUGCUCAGCCCGGAGUUUACCUGCUCCAAGUCAUUGAUCUCUUCCUCUAACUUAAAAUUGUUAUUAGUCAAGCCUGUUAUUAUAGUAUUCAUCUCAUUCGACUGUUUUUCCAUACCCGCUAGCUCUGGGAGCAGAGUUCAACCGAGUUCCGCAUUUUGCCUUCCGCCUUCCGUCCUUUUUCGUUCCGUCGUUCCGUCGUUUCUUCUUCCUCUUUUCGCCUCCCGUCACUUCCUGGGGAUUCAGAAUUUCGAGUACAUUUUUUCGUUAUGAUCAUUUGAAGAAAGGUGCAGAACAGAUGCCAGAGAAAGAAAUAGUGAGAAACUCUAAAAAACAAUUGAAUUUUUAUUGCGGUGUGGUGUUCCCAGACUCAUGUUGUUAAAGGACCAGGGAACCCAAAAAUUUUUUUAUGUUUUUGUGAAAUGUUUUUGUGACUGUUUGAAUUGUCUCUUAUUGCCUCAUACACUGGUGAAAUGCUGCCGCUCAAAAACGCCAAUGAACGAAACGGCAUGCAGUUGAAGUUGUGGCCGUGGCCUAGCGCCAAUGGCCGAAAAAUAUAAAAAAAUAAAUGCGCUUCUCGGCCAUUUUAUUUUUUCCGCUUUUUUACCGGUUUUUUUCCAAAAAUUCACGGUUUCUCCCAUUUUGGCACUUCAUAUCGACUGAAUGAAAACAAUUUUUUAGCAGUGAAAAAAUAAGUAAGUGCCGAACAAAUGUCAAUCAACUGAAAAAUGGGAGAAACCGUGAAUUUUUGGAAAAAAACCGUUAAAAAAGCGGAAAAAAUAAAAUGGCCGAGAAGCCCAUUUAUUUUUAUAUAUUUUUCGGCCAUUGGCGCUAGGCCACGGCCACAACUUCAACUGCAUGCCGUUUCGUUCAUUGGCAUUUUUGAGAGGCAGCAUUUCACCAGUGUAUGAGGCAAUAAGAGAUAAUUCAAACAGUCACAAAAACAUUUCACAAAAACAUAAAAAAAUUUUUGGGUUCCCUGGUCCUUUAACCGUAUCCUCCAAGCUUCGCCCAUUUGCCUCUCGAAUUUGACGAUUUUGCUGAAAACAUGAUAUUAGAAAAUCAAAUAAUUUUGAACGUACCCUAGCGUAAAGACCAUGUUGGGGACCAAACGUUUCGUUAAUUGUUUUAUUGGCACCACUCUUCUGGCCGUUGCACUCUCAGUCCUCUCGCUCGUCGUCCAAUGCCGCAUUUUUCGGACGCGCUGCUAUCUCGAUUCUUUUCCUCUUGCUAGGUUCCUGACAUUCGAAUUUAUCUGAAAAAGGAACUUGGAACAGCCGAAUGUCUAGUUUAAUGUUAAUGAUAUCCAAUAGUGCCGUGUUAAGCUGCCCACUCAAAUCUGAUCAUUUUUCCUGUUCUUCCGUGUUUCGGGCGGAUUUUUGAACGGUUUUUGACGUGGAGGACUGAAAAAGUUUGUUUUCGAGAGAGAGAACAUAACUGUUUUGGAUUUUGUGAAGCGCAUGGCUGGAAUCGAGCAAAACGAAUGGCAUAAAGUUAAUCACAAAGUAGUUUGUCUGCAGAAUAAGUACUUAUCUUAGGGGUCUUUUUUUUUGUCUUUCGGAAACAGUAAACUCACGUAAGAUGCGUCGAAUGUUGCCCUGAACUCGGUCCGAUUGCCCAAUCAUCCAUCUCAACGCUCAAGUGUUGCAGAAAUAAAAACUCCUUCGUUUUGGCGGUACCUCUCACACAUUCAUUUCAAUAUUCGAAAAGAACAAAAACGAUGUGGAUCGUAAUAUGUCCGCUUUCCAUCCUCGGUUUUUUCUGAGAACGCUUGGCACCAGAUGGCUGAAAUUUCGUAGAGCUAAUAUAAUUCACAAUCAGUAUCCACACUCACUUUUUUGUAACGAAUUCGCUUUCUGUGUUAACAUACGGGUCUGCUUUCCUAUCACUCUUGCCAUAUUUGCAUCCAGUAGUAUAGUUUAAAACUUGACGGUAUUUCAACCGAAAAUUCAUUCAGAUUUGAAUUCUUCUCGAAGAAGUUUGUGCAACGAUUUGCAUCUGAUGUUUGCAUCAAUUGAUUGUUUUUCACUGAAAUAGGUACAUAAUCGGCAUAUAGAUCUAGUUUUUGAUAGAAUAGAAUAGAAUGUUGUGUGUCUUAAAACUAAUUCAGAUCUAAGAAAAUUCUCUCUUUUUACAGGAAAUCACUUUGAAAGGAAAAGUUUUGAAAGUUACGGACGUGGAAAUGAGCAUUGAUGAUAUGUGGUCGGAAGCAAGAGAGGUAUUUUCUGUUCUAUGAAACGCAUUUCAUGAUUCGUUUUCAGCACGAGCUUCGCUGUCAUCGGAUUGGAAAUAGGAACCAAGUGAAGCUCCCCAGCGGUAGGUCAAAAUUUGUGAAUUGUCUGUAGCUAUAUAUUUUGUAGAUGCGAUUCUGGAAGCAUUGGCGGAAAGAGCGUACUGCAAAAUGUCAUGCCUCUACACCUACAAAACAGGAAACAAAAUUAAGCGGGAAUACACAAGCAAAAAAAGAGAGCAAGAGUGAGUGAAUGAAUAAAGAAUGUGCUGACAUUCACCAAUGUUUACAGGUUGGAGGAGUUGAUCAAGGAGUGCGUCAUGAGAAAAUAUAUGAAAUUCGAAAAGAACAGAAAAAAGAUAGAAAUGUAAGAGCAUUUAUAGUUAUUCUCCAAUAUGAACCCUUUUUACAGCAAUGGAGUCGACUCAGUUUUUGUCAACGAAAGUCAGUACGAAACAAACCUGGCUGACACGCUAGUGUUCGAACACAUUGAUAAAAACGAAGUGAAAGAGUCUAAGUUGAAAAGGAUGGCUUCUAAGAUGGAGAAACUGGAGGAAGGAAAUAACGUCAGUACGAUAAUUUUCAACAACUCAAUAAACUGUUUUUCAGCUUCAUUGCGAAUGCGAAGGUGAAUGCGGUCCCUCGUGUCCGUGCGGACAGAUGGAAAAAAUGUUCAGGUCGUCCACGUUCGUAAGUAGGCCUCAUUCUGUUCCGAUUCGAAUAUAAUUUUACAGGGAGAUUACAGCAACCGUCGGACAUACACAUGCUCCGACAAGUUAGUAGAUUUUUUGUGAAAAAAGCUGAUUAAAAUAUGAUUGUAUUUCAAGGUGUCGGUGCAAGGGAAGCUGCUGCGAGUCCAUCCAGAAGGCUCCCGAAAAGGGGACGGAAGUCGUUUUGCAUCAAGAGACGGAAAAAGGAGCGGUCGUGGUCGCGAAGCAGUAUUUUGAUGGGGGUAAUCACACCUUUGUCACGUUCUUGGUGAUCAAAACAUUUUAGGAGAAACAGUUGCGUCAAUGUCUGGAAUUUAUGUUCCGACAAAAGGUCUUAGCCGUACGGAUGACUACGCAAUGGAUAUCAUCUCUGAAGAAGAUGGGAACGUUGUCCGAAAGAUUCUCACUGCUGAAGGAAACAAGGCUAUGGGAAGUGUUGUGGCGAAGAAGUUUGUGAACAGUCUGAGCAAAGAGCUGAAGUCGGCAGCAGUUGUCAGUUAUUUCUUAUAUCAUGUUGAAACUUUGUUUUUUCUUUUUCAGAAAAGUUUCAGCCAGGAGAUCAGCUUGAAUCCGAGAGAUGCAAGCAACAUCGGAAGGUUCAUUUCGUCGUCCUGCUCGGGCAACGUGGAGACAACGACGUAAGAAAAUAGCAUUCUGCAUAACAAUCAAACGUUUCAUUUUAGGGUCUAUUCUGGUGGCCUGAAUCCUUUCAAUUCCCAAAUUGUCUUGAGAGCUAUUGGGCCUAUUUUCCCGAACAUGGAGGUGAGGACAAUGUAUGUAAAAGAACUGAAGCAAAUGCUUGAUUGUUUUCAGAUUGACUAUCAAUAUUCCCAAGAAUACAUUACUGGCCAACUCGAUAGUUGCUGCAAAUGUGGCUCACUCGCCUGUAUUGUUAAUAUCGAUUUGUUUUGCUAUAUGAAACACAGCCAUGUAGGUUCUUUUUUAAAAAUUCACAUAAAAUGGUAAGAUUUCAGUUCGUGAAAUAUUACAAGUGCUUGUACGAGACUUUCUACAAAGACUUUGAAAAAAAUGUUCACAAGCAUUUUUCGGAGGGGCGAAGACCACUCAAACGCCAAGAACGAACUCGCCAAAGAGUUCAGCAGCCGGAAUACCGCAAACACUACAUCAAAUCAAUGGUUCAAGCAAAGGAGCAAGAAGAACAGCCAGCCAGUACGAUGUUGCGACGCUCAGCUGCCAAGAAAUAA